CGUCGAUUUAGACGCCCCAAUCAAAUUCCAUAAAUAGCGAACUCCACCCCACAAUUCAUAUCCCCCCACACAACAUUUUAUUCGAUUUUCAAAUGGAUAUUGAGAAGAGCAACAACGUUAACGUCAUGUACGAAGAGAAGUUCAUAGUGAGUCGACGUGGAGUGAAGCUGUUUAGCUGUCGUUGGGCGCCAGCGGAUAGAGAGGCAAAAGCUCUGGUUUUCUUGUGCCAUGGCUACGCCAUGGAGUGUAGCAUCUCCAUGAGAGGGUGCGCUGAUCGGCUAGUGAAGGCCGGGUAUGAAGUCCACGGCAUCGACUGCGAAGGCCACGGGAAGUCGUCCGGCCUCCUCGGACUCAUCAACAGUUUUGAUGAUCUCGUCGACGAUCUCUCCGAGCACUUCACCAAUAUCUCCGAGAAGAAAGAGAAUAGGAGAAAGCUGAGGAUAUUAAUGGGGGAAUCAAUGGGAGGUGCGAUGGUCCUACGCUUGCAUAGAAAAAUGCCUGAAUUUUGGGAUGGUGCCGUCCUCGUUGCCCCCAUGUGCAAGAUAGCUGAGGAGAUGAAACCAAGCCCUGUGGUUAUAACUAUUUUGACCGCUUUGGCUCGCAUCAUCCCCACUUGGAAACUUACUCCAACUCCAGAUAUAAUCGACAUUGCCUUCAGGGACCCACAAGUUAGACAAGAGGUUAGGUCCAACCCUUACACAUACAAAGGCCGACCUCGAUUACAAUCUAGCUACCAACUCUAUACAGCCAGCGUGGAUUUGGAAAAAAGACUUGAUGAGGUUUCGUUGCCGUUCAUUGUGUUGCACGGACAAGAAGAUAAGGUGACGGACCCGUCGGUGAGCAAGACACUGCACGAAAUGGCACGCACCACGGACAAGACCGUCAAGCUGUACCCCGGCAUGUGGCACUCCUUGUCGUACGGCGAGCUGCCGGAAAAUCAAGACAUCGUAUACUCCGACGUCAUCAAUUGGAUUGACCAAAGAUUGAACGCCAGAUUGGAAGAGCAACUCAAGUCUGCUAAUGACCAGAAUAUGAUCCAAAUUCAUUCCGAUAAAUAAGGAAAAACUAGUAUUUUAUACCACUUCGUGUUUCUUAUUAAUUAAUUACAAUUUUCUUUUUUUAUUUUCUUUUUUUUUACUUAGUUGUUAUACAUGUAAGUCAUUAUUCUUUAAAGAUAAGCCUAUCCUUACAUACAAUGUACAAUCAGUUUUAGUGUGCAAUUUACAGAGUGUUUGGAGUGAUUGGAUGUAAUAAUUUAGCAUCUUUUGGCUGAUAUUGUGAAAAGGCGACCACAA